GCGCUUUGACUCAUCACACCAUCGGCCUCUAUCCGUUCCAUCCAUACCACCGGUACGCCAGCAGAAACAGCAGCAUCGAAAAGCUAUACAGAAGCGGUAACAGCUUCUACAACCUUCUCACCACCACACCACAUCCUCACAACGACAAAUAUGUCGACUCCCAACAGUGACAGCCCGGCCGCGCAAGCCGCCAAGAAGGUCUUUUCUCGCCUAGACCUUGACGGCCACCAUCUCCCGCCAUCACCCGCACCCUCGAGCCCUCACAAUGGCCGAAGAUAUGCCUUGGCCACCGAGCUCGUCUACACCGAGACCAAGGACCAGUAUGGCGCCUCGAGCAUCCCCAUCUACCAGUCCGCUACCUUCAAGCAGUCGUCUUCCAACGGCGGCAGCGAGUACGAUUACACUCGCUCCGGCAACCCGACCCGCACCCAUCUCGAGCGCCACUUGGCCAAGAUCAUGAACGCGAACCGCUGCUUGUCCGUCAGUUCCGGCAUGGGCGCUCUCGACGUCAUCACCCGCCUGCUCAAGCCCGGCGACGAGGUUAUCACCGGCGACGACCUGUACGGCGGCACCAACCGCCUUUUGACCUACCUCAAGAAUAACCAGGGCGUUAUCGUUCACCACGUCGACACCACCAACGUCGAAAGUGUGCGCCAGAUCAUCUCUCCCAAGACCGCUAUGGUCCUGCUCGAGACCCCCACGAACCCUCUUAUCAAGAUCUGCGACAUCCCCACGAUUGCGCGCAUCACGCACGAGGCUAACGAGAAGGCUGUGGUUGUCGUCGACAACACCAUGCUCUCGCCUAUGCUGUUCAACCCGCUUGAUGUGGGCGCUGAUAUCGUCUACGAGUCCGGCACCAAGUACCUGUCGGGCCACCACGACAUCAUGGCGGGUGUCAUUGCCGUCAACGACACCGAGUUGGGCGACAAAAUGUACUUCACCGUCAACGCCACCGGCUGCGGUCUCUCGCCCAACGACUCCUUCCUCCUCAUGCGCGGUGUCAAGACUCUAGCCAUCCGCAUGGAGAAGCAGCAGGCCAACGCGCAGCGCAUCGCCGAGUUCCUCGAGUCGCACGGUUUCAAGGUGCGCUACCCCGGUCUCAAGUCGCACCCGCAGUACGACUUGCACUGGUCGAUGGCCCGCGGCGCUGGCGCCGUGCUGUCGUUUGAGACGGGCGAUGUGGCGCUGAGCGAGCGCAUUGUCGAGGCCGCGAGGCUCUGGGGCAUCUCGGUCAGCUUUGGCUGCGUGAACUCGCUGAUCAGCAUGCCUUGCCGAAUGAGCCAUGCCUCCAUUGACGCUAAGACGCGCGCCGAAAGGCAGAUGCCCGAGGAUAUCAUUCGCCUGUGCGUGGGUAUUGAGGAUGCCGAUGAUUUGAUUGAUGAUUUGUCGCGUGCUCUUGUCCAAGCCGGUGCCGUUACUCUCACGGUAGAUGGGUUCCACGCUAACACCGCGGAAGGUGCUGCUGCUGCUGCUGCUGGGUCAGAGGCGGCCGAGACCACCACCACUGCUGCUCCUUCUCUUUAAGCAGAGAAAGAAAAAGAGGGAGAAAAAGAAAGAGAGAAAAAAAAAUCAGAAA